AUGAGACCAGUAACUGACCCAUGGUUUUCAGAUUUUUUAUUACGGGUUGGUGAUGGAAAUGAGGAAAUUAUGGACGAGAACUUUAUUUGCAUACCUGAUGACAUGGCUAUUAAAUACACUAAUAAAGCUAACUCAAUGGAUGCUCUUAUUGAUGCAAUCUUUCUUUCUCUGCAAUCCAACGAAGCUGAUUCAGAAUUUAUCAUUUCGAGGGCGAUAUUGACAACUAAAAAUGAAAGUGUUGAUGAGAUAAAUGACCAAAUGAUCGAGCGGUUUUCAGGAGAGAAAAAAGUUUACUACAGUUUUGAUGAAGCGGAAGAUGAUAGUAAUAACUUAUAUCUGACGGAGUUCUUGAACUCACUGAAUGUUAGUGGUCUUUCCCCUCAUUAUAUUCGAGCUUUCCAGCAAAAUGUCAUUGAUACAGAAAUAAUUGUUGGUCAACAUGCUGGAAAAAGAGUGUUUUUGCCAAGAAUUCCUCUAUGUCCGUCUGAUGAUGAGAUGCUCCCAUUCAAAUUGAAGAGAAAGCAAUUUCCAGUUCGCCUUAGUUUCUCGAUGACGAUCAAUAAAGCUCAAAGACAAACAAUUUCAAACGUGGGAGUUUAUCUACCAGACUCGAUAUUCUCACAUGAACAACUUUAUGUGACAUUAUCCAGAGGAAUAUCACGUGUUAAUACAAAAGUAUUAGUAAAGCCAGAAAAAACUUUCGAUCAUGAUGCAAUCUACACAUCAAACGUAGUGUACAAAGAAGUCUUAUGUGAUUAA